AUGGCAUUUGAUACACGUAAACAUUAUCACGAAGAAGAACUUGACCCGUGUCUUCUCGUAAGAACAUAUGCUUCAGCUGAGGUACAUUCUGAUUUCAGAAGAAAUUUUGUGGAAUAUCCAAUGAAAACACUAUUUGAUUUUUUCUCCUCUGAUAUUGUGAAAGGAGAUACUCUGAUGGAUUUUUCCAUUGGUCCAUCCAUGUGUUUUCUGAUGUCGGCAGCCGAUUACUUCAAAGAAAUUAUCACACUAGAAUCGUCGGAAGCCUGUAAGAUCGAAACAGAGAAAUGGUUAAGAAAUGACCCAGAUGCCAUAGACUGGUCAGAUUCUGCAAUGUUUGCCUGUGAACUCAAAGGAGAAAGAGAUCAAUGGAAAGAACAACAAGAAAAAGUAAGAGGGGCCGUGAAACGUGUGAUAAAAUGGGAUGUUACCCAAGACGAUCCAGUAUCUCAUACUGUACUACCAGAAGUAGAUUGUCUCUCUUGUGUUUGGUAUUUACACGUUCUGAGCAAACACCAUGAUAUGUUGACUAGCUACCUGAAAAAAUUAUCUUCCUUUUUGAAAGUGGGAGGACACAUGAUAUUGUUCUUUGCCCUGAAUAUGUCAUAUUACUGGGUUGGAGAACAUACGUUUUUUUCACUGAAUUGUAGCGAAGAAGUCAUAUUAAAGGCUCUCAGAGAUGCUGGGUGUUCACUAGUGAUGUAUGAGAAGAAUGAAAGCAAGUUGGACACUCACAUGGUGGAUCUUGAACAUUUAGGUCAUUUUGUAGCCCGUAAAGAAAGAGAGCUUUAA